AUGUCCCCGCGCCGGGACAGUGUCGUCGACGUCACCGAUGGCACCAAUACAGUCACACCCGCUCCAGGCGAACCCGCUUCGCCGUCCCGCGCUAGCAGCGCGGACGGCAGUAGUUUCCAAGCGAGCGGGUUUCAUGGUCAGGGGGAAGGGCACUUAGCGCAUGAGGGAUACGACGGGUACGAUAGUCACGGGGGGCACGGCGGGAAUGGGGGGCAAGUCUCCGCUCCCCAGCUUCCGCCACCGCCCGGACGAUCCGCGUUCAAGAAAGCGCCUUCAAUCCGCUACCCCGUCGCGCAGCGGGGCGAAGCGAGUAGUGACAGUAUCGGGGCCGGCAGCAUGUCACCUAAAACUCCCCAGGCGGUCGCUUCUGCGACUAUACCGGAAGCGGAGAACGAGGGGGUUUCGUCCAUUGAGGAAAGCGACGCGGGAAUGGGAAGCGCGCGACGGUCGGAAGAGGUGUCGAGCCGACAUGGGGGGAAGGUUGGCGGAGCGGUAGCAGCGGGUUGGGCAGGCGGGGCCUUUGUAGGCGCGGCGGUCGGCGGAAGGGUUGGCGGAAGCCAGGUGGCGCCGUAUCCGGAAGGGGAGGAGGGGGAAGCGGAGGGGGAGUAUGAGGGGGAAUAUCGGAUGGCGGAGGGGGAGUAUGGAUACGCGGAGGGGGAGGAUAUGGGGGGAGAUGACGAUAUGUAUAAAGAUGUGAUUGUAGACGAUAUGCCUUUAGAGGAGGGGAUGGAAGAACGGACGGGCGUGAUGAAUUAUGAGAUGAGGGAGAGACCCGAGGCCGGGUGGAUGGUGGCGUACGCGUUACAGCACAUGAUUGCGCUUAUAGCGAACGUGAUUGUGUUCCCGAUGAUACUUGUCCCCGCUAUGGGAGGCUCCGACCUCGACAAGGCGGCGGUGAUUCAAUCGGUGAUGAUGGUGACGGGCGUGGCGACCACGCUCCACGUGCUGCUGGGCACGCGUCUGCCCCUCGUGCAGGGGUCCUCUCUCGUGUACUUGGCACCGGCUAUCAUCGUCGCCAACUCGCCUCACAACCUCACCGCCGAUCCCUCACAGCGGUUCUCGUUGACAAUGCGGGAGACGAUGGGGGCAGUGAUCGUGGCGUCGCUGCUGCAAGUCGUUGCCGGCUAUUCAGGCUUCAUGUCACUUCUUAUAGAGCUCAUCAACCCAGUGGUGGUGGCACCAACCAUCAUGGCCGUGGGACUCUCCUUCCUCUCCUAUGGCUUUCCGGUCAUCGGCCGCUGUGUGGCCAUCGGCCUGCCUGAGCUCAUCCUAAUUGUCAUCUUCGCACUGUACCUGCGCCGAGUGUCAUUCUGGGGCUCGAGGUUCUUCCAGAUCCACGCGAUCUCCCUGGGCUUGGCAAUCACGUGGCUCUAUGCCCUGGUGCUCACCCUAGCGGGCGUCUACAGCUACCCCGACUGCUCGCCCUCGGCCAUCUACCCCUCCUCCUCCCCCUGCUUCCAGAAGCAAGCCCUCAUGGCCUCCUGCCGCACCGACGCCUCCAGUGUUCUGUCGGACGCCAAGUGGGUGGCGCCCCCGUACCCGUUUCAGUACGGCAUGCCAAUCUUUCGUGUUCUGGCGGACGCCAAGUGGGUGGCGCCUCCGUACCCGUUUCAGUACGGCAUGCCGAUAUUUCGAUGGGAGUCCAUCUGCGUCAUGCUGCUGCCUGCUCUUAUUUCAACCAUCGACUCGCAGCCAAAGGCCAAGUGGGUGGCGCCUCCGUACCCGUUUCAGUAUGGCAUGCCCAUCUUUCGAUGGGAGUCCAUCUGCGUCAUGCUGCUGCCUGCUCUGAUUUCAACCAUCGACUCGGUUAGCAACUACCACGCAACUUCCCUGCUGGUAGCUGUGCGGCCCCCGACAGGCGGGGUGGUGGGACGGGGGAUAGGCAUGGAGGGAAUAGCGAGCGUGCUGGCAGGGAUGUGGGGCACGGGGGGUGGCGCCACCACUCUCACUGAGAACAUUCACCUCGUUGCGGUUACCAGAAUGGGGUCGCGCGUUACGAUCAUUGUUGGGUCGGCGUUCCUCGUCUUCUUCUCGCUGUUCGGUAGGUGGGGUGUGGGGGAAGGAGGAUUACGAGGGAAAGGGGGGGUGGUGGGACCGGGACUGAAGGGAAGGGGCUCGCGGGGCAAGGUGGGAGCUCUGUUCGCCUCCAUGCCACCAGUCAUGAUCGGCGGGCUCCUCACCAUAAUGGCAGCCAUGGCAGCAUCGCUCGGACUCUCCUCGCUGCGCUACGCCGAGAUGGGCUCCUCGCGCAACCUCCUCAUCACGGGAUUGGCACUCUUCUUGUCUCUGUCGGUCCCGGAUUACUUCAAGACGUACACUGCAUCCAACGGCCAUGGCCCCAUCAACACAUCUAGCUCCGGGCCUUGGGCUGAGAUUUGCUCCUCCUGCAACCUCCUCAUCACCGGCCUCGCGCUCUUCCUCUCUUCUAUUCUCCCCUCCCCUCUCUGCUGCUUGCAGCUCAACUUUGUGCUCAACUCACUCCUCGCCCUCCCCAUGGAAAUCGCCUUCAUGGUUGCUUUCUCCCUUGACAACACUCUCAACUUUGUGCUCAACUCGCUGCUCGCCCUCCCCAUGGCCAUCGCCUUCAUGGUUGCUUUCUUCCUCGACAACACUGUGCCUGGCACGGCCACCGAACGAGGCCUCUACGUCUGGUCCGGACGUAAGGCGGCUCGGGCCGACCCUCUCAUGCAUGAGGACUAUGACCUGCCGUUCGGCUUGAGCAGAUUCUUCUCCUGGGUCUUCUGGCUGGGCGUGUGA